UUUCUUCUCUUUUUCAUUAUACAAUCAUCAUUAAGCCAAUAAUGAUAGGAAUCUUGAAGUGACAAAUUUCCUUGUAAAAUUAUCCAACUUGAAAGAGAGUUGCUUUCUCUAUACAAAAGGGCAGAUCUAUAUUCUUCUAUCUAACCAAGCAUUGAUUCCCUUGUUUUUUUUUUGACUUUCCUUCCCCAUAAGAAUCUUAGUUUUGCAUGUAUUGCCUUUAAAUAAAGAGAUCAUCCAUAUGAAUUGUUCAUAGACAAAACAAAAUUAAAAGAUCAAUGGCAUCCUGCUGCAAUCCUGAUGUGUUUACCUGGAUUCAAAAUCUUCCUCCAAUUGCUCAAUGGAAAGCAAAUUCCAUGUCUAUUUGUAUAUGUUCUUCUUCUUCUUCAUGUUCAUCCUAUCCAUCCCUCAACCUGUCUGUGUCCAAAAACCUUCAUUCUUCAACAAUUUCCAUCUCCAUAAUUGCUGAUUUCAGUGUCCCCGUUCCACUUUGGGCCUCAAAACCCUUAAACAUCAGCUCCAAGCGUUCAAAACUAUUAGAUGAAGAAGCCAUUUCCUGCCUCAUGAUCAAUGUUAUUAAAGAUGUUCUAAGCUAUGGCUCAAACAAGAACAACUGCUUGAUCAGGUUUCCGAAGCUCGAAUCCAUUUCUGGUUUCAAAGACAUCUUUAAUCUUCCAUUUCUCACUCUUGCACUUCUUAUUUGCAUCUAUGAAGCUCCUGUUGAUCUCCGUUCAUCAUGUCUCAACACUCUCAAGAAAGAACUAACAAGUUCUCAAUUGAGGGAAGCUUCAAAAUUGCUGAUGAAACUCCUGGGAUCAAACUUGGAGGAGCAAUGGAUGCGGUCCAUAAACCUUGCCAUCACUAAUUGGAUCAUAGAGCUUCAAGCUACACACCGCACCCUGGUGAAGACACCAUCACCCAUGUUUUCUUAUGCACUUGCAACAUUUGGUUUAUGGAAAGUUCAACUAUAUUGUCCUGUCAUAGCCAUGGAUAUAGAAAAUUCAAGCAAUCAUUCUGUUGAUGAGAGGCUGCUGUUCUCCCUUAAUUACCACCAGCUUGAAGGGGUUAUCCAGUUCAAUUACAAGGUCAUAGUUCAAGAAAAAUGGAUAAAUGUCAUGGUGAACAUUGAUAACAUAAGAUGCAAUAUUAUUCGGCUUUUAAAUGAGACUCUAAUGAACGAACGAGGAGUUGGGGCAGAUGAUAAACAUUUCCCUUCACGAGUAUCAUUGCAAGUGACUCCAACUAUUCAGUCCAAUAUAUUAAGUGUUUCAGUAAGCAAAUCUACAGAGAACCCAGAAAGAGAAAUAGAAAUGGAGAGAGGCAUAGAAAGCUCAUUUGAUCCUCCAAACUCGUUCUUGGGACUAAAGGUUUCAGUCGGGGAGACCAUGACAAUGAGCAUGAAGCCAUGGAAAUUUGAGCUAUCUGUAAACGGCUACAGCGGGGCAUUGAAUUGGUUUCUUCAUGACAGCGUGGAUGGAAGGGAGGUGGUGUCCUCAAAGCCUUCAAAAUUUGCUUUGAUCAAUCCCAAGGCUUGGUUCAAAGAUCGGUACUCUAGUGUUUACAGGCCUUUCACCAGGCAAGGAGGGGUGAUUUUUGCGGGGGAUGAAUACGGAGAAAAAAUUUGGUGGAAGGUUGACAAGAGUGCUAUGGGAAAGACGAUGGAAUGGGAAAUCAGAGGUUGGAUUUGGUUAACAUAUUGGCCUAAUAAACAUAGAACAUUUUACAAUGAAACUAGAAGGCUGGAAUUCGGAGAAAUCUUUCAUCUCAACAUUUCUUAAUUACAAACAGAUUAAACAUUAACUGAUAAAAGGGCCAUGAAUAUAUAAUAACUUCUUGUUCUCAACUCCCAAGCUUCUUUUCUAUUAAACCUCCCCCCUUUUAUUGAGUUAGCAUCUAAAUGUUUAUGUUAUCUUAUGCAAUUUAUCUAAAUGUUUAUGUUAUCUUAUGCAAUUUGUAUUCUAUUGCUAGUAAAUAAAAGGCAUAGGGGUCUA